UAUAAUAAAAGGAGGAUAGAACAUAAAUAAAAUAUUGACAAGAAGUAUCAACAAGCUGUGAAAAAUUAGGGAAAAAGCUAUGGUUUUGAAGAGAUAUCAACCCUACUUGGCAAUGCUCUCUAUACAAUUAUUAUAUGCAGGCAUGGCUUUGUUUUCUAAAGCAUCCAUGUCCAAUGGCAUGAACCCUUACGUGUUUGUGGUUUAUCGACAAGCAUUCGCAACCCUAGCCUUGGCUCCCUUCGCUAUUUUCCUCGAAAGUAACAAGACAGCUUCCCUUUCAUUCACCUUACUAGUGAAGAUAUUCUUUAUGUCCUUAUUUGGGAUUACUUUGAGCCUGGAUCUAUGCUAUGUUUCACUAGGUUACAUAUCAGCGACAUUUGCAUCUGCAAGCACUAACACAAUCCCUGUUAUUACCUUCAUCUUAGCUUUAUGCUUCAGGAUGGAGAGCAUUUGUUACAAGCAAAGCCAUGGAAUAGCUAAGAUUAUUGGUUCAGUUGUGUGCGUUACUGGGGCUGUAGUUUAUGCUUUUGUGAAUGGACCUCCUUUAUAUCCAGAAAGUCAUAAAGAAGUUCAUUAUCAAACUUCAAUUGGCACCCCCAAAGGGGAAUGGACUAAAGGUUCUAUCAUCAUGCUCUCAGCCAAUACCAUGUGGUCAUUGUACCUUAUUCUCCAGGGUCCAAUUAUGAAACAAUAUCCAGCAAAAUUAAGGCUUACAACUCUUCAAUGCCUCUUUAGCUGCAUUCAAUCUGCAAUUUGGGCUAUUUCAGUAAAGAGGGACAUUGCUGCAUGGAAAUUAGGUUUCAAUUUCAAUCUUCUCUCUGUGGCUUAUUGUGGUGUGCUGGUCACUGGGCUAUCAUAUUGGCUAAGAGCAUGGGUAAUAGAGAUAAAAGGACCAGUUUUUACAGCUAUGUUUACCCCAAUAGCUUUAAUAUUUACAGCCUUUUUUUCAUCUAUCUUUUGGAAGGAGACUCCUCAUUUGGGAAGUGUUUGUGGAGCAAUAUUGCUAGUGAUGGGACUUUAUGGUGUUUUGUGGGGUAAACAAAAGGAAGCAGAGUGCAAAAAGGCAAGUCAAUGCAAAGGAGAAAUUACCAGCAUAUAACAAAGGGAAUGAAUGGAUAUGCAUUAUUAAGAUAAUAAUUAUUGAAAUUAAAGUUCUCUUUUCUGUUCCUUUUCUCUCUUUAAAUGAGUGGUUGUUUGGUUCUCUUUUUGUUUUGCACUAAGAUAAUUCCAUGCACUAGAAAAUAUUACGAGUCGCAUUUUUAGGGACUAGAAAUGAGUUUAUGUUUUUAUGUGAGUGGUUGGAUACUUGAAUUUAGUUUUGCUGAGUAAGUUUUGUUUGUUAUGGGAGGAUUCCGUUAUUUUGGUUAAAAUUAAAAAUAUAUUGCUUAAUACAUUGUUAGAGGUUUUAUUAUUGGGGAAUGAUAGAUUAAAUCGAGAUAAUCGUGUUAUUUAAAACACCACGAGACAUAUAAUUGCGUAAUCUUUUUGGAAUAAACUAAAGAAAAAGAAUCGUAAAAGGAAAAAAUUUA